AUGGACUUCUCGCUGCAUGCGGCGCCGGAGGAUGACAUCGACCUUGAGUUCGAACUGGCCCAGCUCCAGCGCGGCCGACCCCUCGAUACCUGCCUCGCCCCGACCGAGCUCUGCCCAUCUAGUUCCUCCUCCUCCUUCUCGCGGUCGUCUUCCACCUGCGACGCCCAGUCCUUCCACCCACAUCUUCCCCUCCCUCCACCGCGCUGCGUCGACGCAACCUUGGCACCUUCCUCUUCUUCUUCUUCUUCUUCAUCGUCGCCCAUGUCUUCUCCUCCCUCUUCACCCGAGCCCCACCGUCAGCAGCAUCAACUCGCCGCGGCCGAGACCAGCGCGACGUACCGGGUGUACUACUUCACCCACAUGCCGGAGAAGGGGCGCACCAUCUGGGUCGUCCUCUUCUGCCGCCGGGUCCACUCCCUCGCCGGCUUCGCGCUCCGGCUCUACACCUCCGGGCCGGCCGGCGCACGGCAGCUGGCCCACACGCUCCGGGCCAACACCGACCUCUCCUGGACCACUGUCCACACCACCAACGAAGGCAAUGACGCCGAUGAUGAAGAAGACGAUGAUGAUGCCGAGGGGGCGCACCAGUACAAGGUGGCGUUCGACUGCCCCAACGACACGUUCGCGGGCCGGGUCUUUGGCGCCGAGCUGGUCGCGACCAGCGGCGGAGGUGGUAGCGAGGUGUGGACGGUCGACCUGGGAGUGAUGAAGGUGGUGAGCACCACUUCAGUGCGCAAGCGGCACUAUUCGCAGCUUGAGCAGCUGAGCCCGUCGAGGGCGCACCAGCGACUGGUGGCCAACUUCAAGCGGCAUCACGCCAGGGACAAAGGCACGGCCAGCAGGCGGCACCACGCCAACGGCAAGGGCGUCAGACAGCGCAGCCGGCGAGGCCUACCAUUCCUGCUCGACGAGUACCGCCAGGCCGUGGAGCUGUCCAUUGCUCGCACCACAACGUAA